UUGUUGUGAGCUGACAAUAUGAAAUUUAAAAUAGCAGGAAGCAGAGAAGUACAACGAUUGCCUCUGCUGCAGUCUGCAGAGUAGCAGUGAUAGUAGUAGAUCAGAAGCUCAGAGCUUCUCUCCAACUCUAGUCCCCACAAACAUUUCGCCGUUAAGGAGCUGCAUUUUCGAAUUUCCCUCCUCACUGUUGGAGAGAGAGAGGGGGAGAGAAAGACAUGGGAACUUGCUCGGUUUCCAAGCUCCUAAUCUUGCUCUUCACGGCCUUGUUUCUUGGUUCUGAGCUGAUCCAGUGCAGUGUCACCUACGAUAAGAAGGCUAUCAUCAUCAAUGGCCAAAGGAGAAUCCUCAUCUCCGGCUCCAUUCACUAUCCCAGAAGCACUCCUGAAAUGUGGGAGGACCUUAUUCAGAAGGCCAAAGAUGGAGGCUUGGAUGUCAUUGACACCUAUGUGUUUUGGAAUGCUCAUGAACCUUCUCGUGGCAAUUAUAAUUUUGAGGGGAGGUACGAUCUGGUGCGGUUCAUCAAGACAGUGCAGAAAGUAGGGCUCUAUGCUCAUCUCCGCAUUGGACCGUAUGUUUGUGCAGAGUGGAACUUCGGGGGAUUUCCUGUUUGGUUGAAGUAUGUUCCUGGUAUCAGCUUCAGAACAGACAAUGAGCCUUUCAAGGUGGCUAUGCAAGGUUUCACCCAGAAGAUUGUCCAGAUGAUGAAGAAUGAAAGACUAUUUGCAUCACAAGGCGGUCCCAUCAUCCUUUCUCAGAUUGAGAAUGAAUAUGGCCCGGAGAGUAAAGGAUUUGGAGCUGCUGGUCACACAUACAUAAAUUGGGCUGCAAAAAUGGCUGUUGGAUUGAAUACCGGAGUCCCAUGGGUGAUGUGCAAGGAAGACGAUGCUCCAGACCCUGUGAUAAACACAUGUAACGGUUUUUACUGUGAUGGUUUCUCUCCCAACAAGCCUUACAAGCCUACCAUGUGGACCGAGGCUUGGAGUGGCUGGUUCACAGAAUUUGGUGGCACACUUUAUCAGCGACCAGUUCAAGAUUUGGCAUUUUCAGUGGCUCGCUUCAUACAAAAGGGUGGCUCAUAUAUUAAUUACUACAUGUAUCAUGGAGGAACCAACUUUGGACGCACUGCUGGCGGUCCGUUUGUUACAACAAGUUAUGACUAUGAUGCUCCAAUUGAUGAAUAUGGUCUGAUCAGGCAACCUAAAUAUGGUCACUUGAAGGAGCUUCAUCGAGCUAUUAAGCUGUGUGAACAUUCUUUAGUUUCUUCAGAUCCUGUUGUUACGUCAUUAGGAACCUAUGAGCAGGCUCAUGUAUUCUCUUCAGGACCAGGACGGUGUGCAGCUUUCCUUGCAAACUACCACGCAAAAUCUGCUGCUAGGGUGAUAUUCAAUAACAUGCACUACAAUCUGCCUCCUUGGUCAAUUAGCAUCCUUCCUGACUGCAGAAACGUUGUAUUUAACACUGCUAGGGUGGGAAUUCAAACUUCACAGAUGCAAAUGUUGCCUACCGAUUCCCAAUUGUUCUCGUGGGAGACCUACAAUGAAGAUAUUUCUUCUCUGGAUGAUCGUUCAACAAUGACAGUUGGACUCUUGGAGCAAAUAAAUGUUACCAGAGAUACUACUGACUAUCUAUGGUACAUGACCAGUGUUGACAUUAAUCCAUUGGAAUCAUUUCUGCGAGGAGGACAAAAGCCCACUCUUAGUGUGCAGUCAACCGGCCAUGGUGUUCACAUCUUCAUCAAUGGGCAAUAUUCAGGGUCUGCCUUUGGAACCAGGGAGCAGCGGCAAUUCACAUUUACUGGACCAGUCAACCUGCAUGCCGGAACAAACAGAAUUGCACUACUCAGUAUAGCUGUGGGAUUACCGAACGUUGGAUUCCGUUAUGAGACAUGGAAGACGGGAAUCCUUGGUCCAGUUUUGCUCAAUGGCCUUGACAAGGGAAUAAAAGACGUAUCAUGGCAGAAAUGGUCCUACCAGGUUGGCCUAAAAGGAGAGGCGAUGAAUUUGGUCUCUCCUAAUGGAGCCUCAUCUGUUGAUUGGAUCCGAGUAUCUGCAGCUACUCAAAGCCAGCGUCCUUUGACAUGGUAUAAGGCUUAUAUCAAUGCACCUAUAGGAGAUGAGCCAUUGGCUUUAGACAUGCGGAGUAUGGGAAAGGGUCAAGUGUGGAUCAAUGGACAGAGCAUAGGAAGAUAUUGGAUGGCCUAUGCAAAGGGCAGUUGCAAUACUUGUAGCUACUCUGGGACAUUCAGGCCUGGAAAGUGCCAAUUUGGUUGUGGGCAACCAACCCAAAGAUGGUAUCAUGUUCCAAGGUCCUGGUUAACGCCAACAAGAAAUUUGUUGGUAGUUUUUGAGGAACUUGGUGGGGAUGUAUCAAAGAUUUCUCUUGUGCGGAGAUCCGUGAAAAGUGUUUGUGCUGAUGCAUAUGAGAACCACCCGACAGUUGCGAACUUCAGUGUUGAGGGCCAUGGUGAAUCAAAUAUACUUCAGCAGUCCAACGUUCAUCUGCGGUGUGCAGCAGGGCAGUCAAUAUCAACUAUUGAGUUUGCAAGUUUCGGAACUCCUUCCGGAACUUGUGGAAGUUUCCAAAAGGGAACUUGCCAUGCACCAAACUCUCUUGAAGUUGUAGAGAAGAAAUGCAUUGGGCGGGAGAGCUGCUUGGUUACCAUAUCAAACACUAACUUUGGGACGGAUCCAUGUCCUAACAUGUUGAAGCGAUUAUCAGUUGAAGCUACUUGUUCUUCAGCGGGUACAACCACCCAAACCAACUCAAGGAAAUGAGACACUGUAAAAGGAGGUAGAAACUUCCGGAUGUAAUCAUCAUUAACUGCAUGUGAUGGCAUGGUGUGAACUGUAUGUGAAGCAAGUGAUGAAAAGAAAGAACGAAAGAACAUUCAGCAUCGUCAAUAGAUUGCUCGUCGUCAAGUUUUAGAACGUGUAGUUAAGGGUAUCUCAUCUAGGCAAUUACAAUGUUCUCCUUUCCUGGAAAAUAUGCUUCUGCAAGUGAUUUCUAGUGGAUGGCAAGUGCUCUUUGCUUGAAGGUUCAAUAAGGGGUUGAGCUCCAAAAAUGAUUCAAUAUAAAAAUUACUGAAGGGCUGAAGAAAGAACUAGUUAAGCACAGGUGGCACUGCUUAAUGGGAAAAUAGGUGCUUGUAGAGUUAUAAUUGUGUAAAGAUUGAACUGAAGCUACAUUCUAAAUUACCGUCAUUGCCGUAUUGACGUGUUCA